AUGAAGACGCUGCACUUGGCUCUGAUUCUGCUCUCGCUGUCCGAUUUAAAGGUGUCACUAAUCAGGCUCAGUGGAAACGGAACCCUUAAACAAGGAGACUCGUUAAAUCUGACGUGUGAUGUGAACUGCACACACAGUUCCUCACAGUUUGUGUGGUCUAAGAACAACGAGCAGUUAAACACAUCAGGACCCGUUCUUCACUUUCCUGCUCUAACCGUGAGGGAUUCUGGGAAUUACACCUGCACUUGGAAAACCAACGAGACGUCAGGAUCUAAAACCAUCAGCCUUCAGGUCGAGGGUGACAGCACGAAAGAUCCAGAAAAUUCUGAAAAUCCUGAUGCUCGGUCAGUCUGGAUGAUUGUUUUAGUGACAGCUGGAGUGAUGUUCAUGGUGUUCGCUAUCCCAGCUGUGAUUUACAACAGGAGGAGGAAGUUUAAAGCUGCAGAAGAAAACAGGAGGGAAAGUGGAGAGAAAACACAGACAAAGCCACAGUUACAGCAAGUUUCACAAGAUUCUGAUGAAGAAACGCUGAGCAAGGAGGAAGUGACUUACGCAUCUGUCCAAAAGAAAGCAAAGACCAAAGGGUUAAUAAACCGAGUUCCUCAGUCUGAUGAAGAAGUGUUAGAUGAAGGAGUGACUUAUGCGUCUGUGUGCGUCAAACCCAACAAACCAACCAAACAGCGUGUCCACACUGAGCAGCAGGAGGAGGACGAUUCUGUAAUCUACAGCACUGUGAAAACGGCCUGAUGAUGCUUUCACACCUCAUUCACCCACAGUGCAGAUGAGUUUUAUUUAGUUAUCAUCAUAAUGCCUGGGAUGUUUCCACACAUGGAACUCAUUAUGGUUUAAGACUCGCUAAUAUCACAGGAAGUGGCAGUUUAUUUACUGUAAACAUCCUGUCUGGAAGUUGUGAGGCCACGCCCCCUUACACCAAGCACUUACUGUAUAAUAAAGGACAAAGCGAUCCGUCUGCAUUAAAUAUAUAAGAUGUGUGUAAGAGGCUACUUUUAGUGCAACAACCAUGUGUAGAUCAUGAAGACACGCCCAUCUGUGUGAUUCAUACAGAGAGCCCUUAUCCUGUGGGAUUUUGUUCAGAAUCACUACAGACGUCCUCACACAACAUUACUUAAGUCCAGAAAACUAAUCCGGUCCGAAUACGGCUUUAGAAACAAGAUUUUCUGAUUCUGAUGUUGAUCAUCACCAUUUAAUGCAGGGAGUUUUUAAUGAUAUAAAAUCCCGGCACUGCCGAGCUGACACUGUUGGAUUCAUCAGCAAGUUCUUUAAACUUCAUCUACUCGCUCAGCUGUAAGUCUCUUAGAAUAAAAGUGUCCGACAAAUGAGAAAAUGUACAGUAAAUGAUUAUUUAAGCCCUUACUGUAUGUUAACAGAGUGUUUUUUUAAAAACAUAUUGCAUAUUGUUUGCAAAAGUAAUAUUUCGGUUUUGUUGUUUAUGUACAAUGUAAUGAAAAUGAUAUAAUAGGUAUAUUCUUAUGCUGAAGGUGCUAAAUUUUCUCCAUAAUUUAGGUUAUUUAUUAAUGAACACAGUAACAGUAAUUAAUAAACACGGUAAUAUGAUGACAAUAAUCAGACUUGCCUGCUAUGGUUUAAAAUAUAAAAAAAAAAAUGAAUAGA